AUGGCUUCCCAAAUAGAGCUCAACGAAGUCAGGGAUGGGAUUUAUUGCGCUCUCUUAGAUUCAAAUCUGUCUUUCCUUGGUGCGUGCUUGGAGACUUCAAUGAUAUUUUGUAUCAUUCUGAAAAAUGAGGCAGAAGGGAUCAUCCACGUUGGUUACUUGAGGGGUUUUGUCAAGCUCUUGAUGAUUGCGGUUUACAUAAUCUUAGUUUCCUUGGUAGCCGCUUUACUUAGGAAAAUAGAAGAGAGUUGGAGUUUGUUCAAGAGAGGGGUGCAGCUUCAUAAAUUUGUACGUAAACGGUUUCGUUUUGAAAACUCAUGGUCCCUGGAAUCUGAGUGUCGACAGAUUGUGUAUGAGGGGUGGAACUUGAGACCGAUUUCUCUUAGUAAUGUGGUUGAUCGUAUUGUGUGUAAGGCUAUGGCUAAUAGAUUGAAGCUUGCUCUUUCACAACAAAAGAAGCAAGGCAAGCGGGGGGUGUUGGCAUUAAAGACUGAUAUGAGCAAGGCUUAUGAUCGUAUAGAAUGGAAUUAUUUAAAGCUUAUUAUGUUAAAGUUGGGUUUUGAUGAGUCCUGGGUCUCUCGCAUCAUGAAAAUUGUUACUUCCGUUUCUUAUUUUUUUGUGAGAGGCAGUGAGGACUAUGGCCUGUUAAUUCCGGAAAGAGGUUUGCGUCAAGAUGAUCCUCUCUCUCCUUACCUUUUUAUUAUUUGUGUUGAAGGAUUAUCAGCGAGCUUCAGUGAGGAAGCGCAUCAGUUGAAGUAUUGCUUGACUCUUUAUGAACAAGCAUCUGGGCAGAGGAUAAAUUAUGAUAAGUUGGCAGUGAUGUUUACUUCUAAUACGGAUUAUGGGCUUCGUGCAAGUAUUUGUCAAUGUUUGAGAGUGCAGGAGGUGGAAAAUCACGAUAAUUAUCUUGGCAUGCCUUCGGUCGUUAGUAGAGAUAAGAAAUUAAUUUUUAAUUAUGUGGUUGACAAAGUGGCAAAGCGUAUCCAAGGAUGGAAGACAAAAUUUCUUUCCAAGGCUGGGAGAGAUAUUCUUUUGCGUACUGAAAAUGGGAAAGACACUGGUGGUGGUGUAAGGUGGUUUCAAUGGAAACAGCUUGCAGUUCUAAAGGUAGCUGGUGGUUUAGGAUACCGGGAAUUACGACAGUUUAAUUUUGCUUUAGUGGCUAAGCAGGGUUGGAGGCUUUUGAAGUAUCCUAAUACUUUGGCUUCUAAAGUGUUAAAGGUGAAGCAACGGAUUGGGGAUGGGUGUUCCACUCCCAUUUGGACUGAUCCUUGGAUUUUAGAAGCAGGUGAUCCUUAUAUUCAGACUGAGGUUGCUGAGAACAUACCUUUUGUUAGGGUUUUCGAUUUGAUUUUGAAUAGGACGUGGAAUGCUAAGUUAAUUCGGACUCAUUUUCAGCAGCAUGAUUCUAACAACAUUUUGCAUAUUCUUUUAUCUCUUAGGGAAUGCGAUGAUGAUUGGUGCUGGGCUUUAAAUCGAAAGGGUGAGUAUGUUGUGAUGGAAGACUAUCGGGUGGCAUUAGAGGAUAAUAUUGUUGAUGUAUCUUACCAUAGUUUUCCAUGGCAUCUCAUAUGGAAAGUUGGUGUUCCAGCUAAGGUAAUGCUUCUCAUUUGGCGUAUUUUACGAAAUGUUUUGCCUUGUAAACAUAAUCUUCGAGUUCGUCAUAUGGAUAUUGAUGAGUGUUGCCCCGUUUGUGGUGUUGGUCUGGAAACAUACUUUUAUGUUCUCUAUUGUUGCUCUUUUGCAAGAUCUUGUUGGUUGCUGUCAAAUUUAGGGUGGGUAUCUUUUUCUUCUCUCAACACUAUGCUGUCUUAUGUUCUUACUUCUUUGCCUGUGUCUCAACGUGAAGAGAUUUUUCAGCAGCUUAUUUACGUGGUUAAUAGGGUUAGAGCAGUGUUAGAAGAAUGGCAGAUGGCUCGUUUACAUUUUAGAGUUACAGAUUCUAGUACUAAACCACUAGCUGCAACAGUUUGGCAACCUCCUCCCCUUGGACAAUAUAAAUACAAUAUAGACAUUUCAGUACAGGUUAAUGGUUUAUAUGGGUUGGGAAUGGUGGUCCGAAAUUCAUUGGGGUACUGUUGUGAAGGUCAAUUUAUGGUUGUGCCUGGUUUAAUGGAUCCUCUAUUGGGUGAAGUGUUAUGUUUUAGGGAGGCAUUGAGCUGGUUGAAGUCUAAAAAUUAUUUUCUAGUUUGUGUGGAGACGGAUUGUGAGCUGGUUGUUAACGCUUUGAAUUCUCCACACUUUGAUUCUUCAUAUUUUGAGUUGAUGAUUAAUGAUUGUAAGGCUCUUUUUCAUGAGCUACAGUAUGUUUCAUUUGCUUUUGUUAGGAGAUCAGCAAACCAAGUUGCUCAUACAGUUGCAAGGGCGGUUGGUUCUAUGUCUGAUUUUGAUUGGGGAAUGAGUAAAGACAAAAAGGUGGUGAAUAGUGAUGAUGAAAGUGAAUCGGACAUGGAAAGUGAAUCGAACAUGGCUAGUGAUUAUAAACUCUUCAAAAAGUCAGUUGGUGAUGAGUUUAGAAAACUCUAUAGGAAUCUUGAGAGGUUGGCCGAAGCUAUAGAGAGUUUGAAAGACUCACAGGCUUCCACUUCUACAAGAAUGCCUCAAAGAACUCUUAAUUCCAAUAGGUCUUAA